GUUUGGAAGGACUGCACGCUUAGUCCUGAGUCAGACCGCUUUUCUGUCAGAACUUUUGAAGCACAGAGGCGACAAAGGAGUGAGCUCUCCCGUCUGUUCAACAUGAUGCCUAUCCCCGUUGUGCUUCUGAUAGCCACUGUGUUGUUGACCACUCACAUUCCCCCGAGUGUUUGCCGACCCCGUGAUUUAAGCAUCUUCGAUGGCCAUGGGUAUAGGAAUCAACUUGACGAAGUGUUGCUGAGAGCUGGAGACAACGCAGUGUCCUACCUCAUGGGUGAAAAAAUUCAGCAGUACUUGCAAAGAAAUCCUGUGUCUCAAAAAAGUGUCUUACAUUCUCCUUUAGACAAUGCGUUGACGGCGCACAAUUCAAAGGGUCUCCCACCCUUAGCGCGCAGCUUGCAAAUUAUCGAAAAAGGACGCUCACAAGAGGACGAGAACAGUUUGGAAGAUCUCGGGGAGUUAUCUAAGAGGAACGAAGACCCACCGAUAUCCAUUGAUCUCACAUUUCACUUGCUGCGAAAUAUGAUCGAAAUGGCUCGAAUCGAGAAUCAAAGGGAACAAGCCGAACUAAACCGCAAGUAUCUAGAUGAGGUUGGGAAGUAAAGCCUUAUCUCAACCGAACAUCCUAGUGACAAAUUGGAACACCCAAGUUUCGACCCCGUGAACAAGAACAAGCUCAGCGCACUCUCAAAUCUCAGUUCUUUUUUCUGAAUUUGUUGAUACAGCAUUAUAUUCCAUGAUGCCUGGUCGCCUCUCUCUACGCCAAUGAUACUCUGCCCCCCUGUCAGUUUGCAAGUGGCAAGUUGCCGCCACUGGCAGGUUGACCACCCCCACGUCCAUGGACAAUUUAGUGUGUAAGGGAAACGUGUCAUAGUCGAAAACUGAACUCACUGAACUCACUUCAAACGGGAAGUCUCGACGGACAUCGGUGCGUGCACAUCUGUUGCAUAUACAACAUCUAACCUAGUAAAUGGAUUAAAUAAAUAUUUAAGUUCAUUAAUUUAAUAUUAUUAUGAAUGGCCAUUCUAGCUUUUUACACUUUAAAGUUAAUGGUCUGCCGGUCUACGUUUUCCUGGAUACAAUUGAGGCGUACACAUAUGUCAGGUCAAAUCCCACAGUAAGGUUUGGUAGGGUUUGUUGCUGGUGUCUAUUCUGUUUAAGUGUUUUCUAAGCCUCUGCAUGUGUCUAGAGCAGAGGGAAACUUUAAACAGUGAUGCCAAAAAAUAAAUAAAUAAUAAUGCUUUUUUGUGGCCUUAUUAUAAAUGUUUGACUUCACUUCUUGCUACCAUGUAUUGGUGUGCAUUUGUGUCCUUGUCACUGAAGCAUGUUUGUCAAUGUUAUGUUAAAACAAGUUGCUUUUUAAGUGUGUGAGCAUGCUGCCAUCCUGGGAGGGUAAAUAGUAACACUUCUUAUUGCAAAAUGACAUUACAAAUCAACCAUGUUUUGUGUCUGACAGCAAUAUGAAGUGAUUCAGCUAUAUUGUACAUUGUAUAUAUUACUUGACAUAAAAGAGGAAAAAAGCAUUAAAACUUUGUAUUUCCAGCAUGAAAAUGCAGUAAUAAAUAAUGCAGUUUUCUCCAAGUGAUUCACAAUAAAAGUUAUAAAAGUUAUUAAUGGUCAAGGAUAACACAAAAUCAGAUUAACUUGCAUUAUACUGUACACACACAUUUUGUGGCUCAGUUUGGAAUGAAACCUUGAUUCUUAGUAAAAUGUUACCCUUUUUUACUUGAAGACUUGAAGAUCUCUGUGCUAAACUGCAAAUAUAUAAGAAUAUGUGGUAAAUUCA